GCCCAGUUGUCGAUCCCAAGUCAAAAGGCCCCCUCCAGAUCGUCUUUUUGCACCACCAGAAUUGCUCUUCCUAGCCGUAAAAUCGCUGGUUGUUGUGUGCGAGUUGUGUGUGUGUUUUUUUUAGAUCACCGCGGAGUGGCUCUCGGCAUUGUUUAGUUAUUGCCCUUUUUAGCCUUGUUGAAUCACUAUUUGAUACCCGCCGGGGUUCCUGGAAUUCAACAGCUCAUCUUUGACACACGGAAGAAGAAGCCGAUCGACUCUCCAUCCAUAUUUAUUGCAACGGCGUGCUUUGGCUUCGAACUCACCCUCUCACUAUAUCGGCACGGGAAAGGUUGUGAUAAUGAGUGAAGGAUUUGACGAGGUGGACAUCAACGUUGUUGGUGCCCACAGACCACGCAGAGAGUCUCCUCUGGCGUACAUGUACAAGCAGAGACACAGCAACAACUUGAGGUCGUCGCUGGCGCUGAUGAAUGAUAAUUCGUAUGAGACGUUGCCGAUGCCGGAUGUGAAAGACUCGCCCAGGGCUCAGAAUAGUCCACUUAGUACGAAGAUGAGCAACACCGCACAGCCAAACCCGGUGGUGGUGCAACGGAAGGUUGAAUACUCACCUUCGAAGAGGCUCAAGAAGAGUAGGGAAAUCAGAGGACAAGACUUGGAUGACAAGCUGACGAAUGGAGAUGACGAUGAGGACGAUGAACUGGACGACUCUGUCAUCAUGUAUGAUGUUCCGCUAUCACAAUCUCUGGUGCAGCUCUCAGAGAACCAAAAGAUGGUUGGUUCUAAGAAGCUUAUGAGUUUCACCUCUGACACUACGAGAACUUCCAGUAUCAUGAGCUCUGGUAACUCACACGAUCUGAACUCGGAUUUUGAGCUGGACGUUAUGAACGACGAUGCCAUGAAGUUAACCAUGGAAUUCUGUAAGUCUGAUUCUGUUCACGUCUCACAAGAGUACGAUGCAAGAAGGCACUUGCUCAAUCAGAUCGAAGUUGCCAAUGGGAUCGAAGACUCCCAUAUCCCACCAAGUGCUAUGAAACAGAAGCUCUUGGCUAGUACAAGACCUUCCCACCUACCACCAAAACCAAAGGUUGAAGCGCAGAGACAUUUGAGACAAGUUGAAAGACUGAAAUCUCAGGCUCUAAAGGCGGAAUUGGCUAAUGAACAAGCACGUUUAAAACAUAUAAAGGAGCUGGACAGGUUGAAAUCGCAGGACUACCUCUAUUGGGAGAGGAAAAUCAUUCCAAACUUCGAAGAUAUGAUUGAGAAGUCUUCCACAAGGGAAGUCUGGUGGAGAUCAGGGGUUCCUAACAAGUAUCGUAAGUUCGCAUGGGUUCAGCUGUUGGCUGUGAAAUCAGCUUCCAUAUUGAAAACUCUGCCCGAGCUACGCUCAAAGGCUCAGAAAUUGAUCGAUUCAAACACCCCGUUGGUCCAAAAGCUAAGUGAUGAAAUUGACAAAGUGUUCAUCGAUGUUGGUUCAUUUCAAACAUCAUUGAACCAACCUCUGCUGCAGGUUUUAACGAUGUACUAUGUUCAAAACGAUAUAAAGGCACCUGUGAAGGGCCUCUGUUCAUUGGCAUCCAUCUUACUCUAUAACGUCCAGUCCGUGAAUGAGACUUACUUAUGCCUCUGUGGGCUACUCCAACGCCAUGUCUUGAAGUCGUUAUAUGCCAAAGAUAUGGAUAGAUUUCACAAGGAGGCAGAAUCGUUCUUGAGAACUUUUGGUCGCUUAAAUCCAAGGCUUUCACAGCAUAUCACAAGAGAUUUGAGAUUACCACCGGAGAGGUACUUGGUUCCACUGUUGCAAACGAUGUUUGCCAAUCUGUUAAGCCUGGAGAUGUGCAGUGUAAUCAUGGACGUGUACAUAUUUGAAGGUGACUCUUUCUUGUGGAGAUGUAUUCUCACUCUAUUCGACAAGAUUGGCUAUAGACUAUAUGGUAACGAAUCUGAAAUCUCUGAUGUCAUUGGCUGGGAUGCACUGAGGAAGCUCAACGACAAAAACGUUGAUAGAGAACUUUGGGUUAGGUAUUUGGACUUGGGACAUCCAAUGGAUUUUUUGGACUCUGUUAGAAAGAUCUUGAAGAAAUGAAAUGAACUGUACGAUCUAUGUAUAAUAUGCUGUUUACUUAUGAAGGUCUUAUGCUUGUGUUGAAGUUUCUAUAAAUUGAUGGAAUUAUUGGUA